AGAGGUAUCGGAUUUUGAUAUAUCGGUGGGUGGUUGUGGUCUGGUUUUGAAAGUAAUAACAUAUGGGAUCUUCUGAAGCCAGCACACGUCGUCGAGUAAAGUUGUACAUGUUGAAUGAUGAACGACAAUGGGAUGAUAAGGGCACUGGUCACGUGUCAGCAUUGUAUACUGAGCAGGAGAACAUGGCCCUAGUAGUAAUUUCAGAGACAGAUGGGUCUUAUCUUCUUGAGUCAAAAAUACAGCCAGAUACAGCGUAUCAAAAGCAGCAAGAAACACUAAUUGUCUGGUCAGAAGGUGAAAAUAUGGAUUUAGCUCUAUCUUUCCAAGAAAAGGUUGGUUGUGAUGAUGUAUGGGAAAAAAUUUGUGCUGUACAGGGAAAGGAUCCAUCGGUAGAGAUUACUCAAGAGGUUGUUGACGAGUCAGAUGAUGUUGAUGACACAGAUGGGUAUACACCGACAAUGAUGCAAAGUAUUCAACCUCUUAGUCUUCCACCUUGUGAACUGAGCCGUCUUGAAGAAGUUGUUGACCUAGUUAGUCAAGCUGUCGCAUCACCUCCGAAACGCGAGCGAUUGGUGGCCUUUUUAGAGUCAACUAAUUAUCUCCAUCAGUUAGUCGAUGUCUUUCACAAGGCAGAAGAUCUGGAAGAUAUGGAAUCGUUGCAUCAUCUUUACGAAAUAAUGCGACAACUUAUAUUGGUAAACAAACAUAGCCUUUAUGAAAGUUUAUUCGCUGAUGAUAUGCUGUUGGAUGUGAUUGGUAUUUUGGAAUACAAUCCUUCUGGGCGCACUAAACAUCGUGAUUUUCUCAGAAAUAAGGCUACUUUCAAAGAAGUUUUGCCUUUGCAUAAUACAGAUUUAGUGACAAAAAUACAUCAAACAUAUCGCGUUCAGUACAUACAAGACUGCUGUCUCCCACCUCCUUGUCUAUUCGACGAACACACUCUUUCCCAACUUAAAGCAUUUGUUUCUAUAAACAAGAUGGAGAUUAUUCGGGCUCUUCAAGAAGAUGAAGAGUUUAUGUGCCGACUUUUUACACGUUUGAAAGCGGCGGAUACAGACCUAACUCAUCGCAGAGACCUAUCGCUCUUUGUAAAGGAAUUUUGUAAUAUUUCCAUCCAAACAGAUCAGAAAGAAAGUUUUCUCAGUUGUUUACUUCAACAUGGAGCACUAAGAACAGCUGAAGUACUCCUCGCAAUUGAUGAUCGAGAUAUAAAGUCAGCGGCUCUCGAGAUUCUCCAGGCAUUUAUUGAGCACCAGCCCUCUGUUGUGCGUGAAUAUGUCUUCAGAGAAACUGCUCCGUUCCGAAAAGACGAUGAAUUACUCAUUAAUCUUAUGAUAAGUCAAUUACUCACUGAUCCAGAUCCAGAACUUAGUGAUGCUUUCCUUUUGGGUUACAUGUUGCGCAUUCUUAUCGAUCCAGACAAUAUGAACAAUUCCGGUGUCCGUAGCGAAAAAACAGAUUUUCUCAGUUUUUUCUAUAAACGAUGCAUCAAUACACUUGUUCGUCCAUUAUUUGACAAUACUUCAAAAGAAACACUGGAGAAGGAUGAUUAUCACACUGCAUUAGUUUUGAACCAUAUAAUUGAAUUGCUCACGUUCUGUAUUGAAACUCAUACAUACCACAUGAAGAAUUACUGCUUUAAUCGUGAUCUACUAAAACGUGUUCUCGUUUUAUUGCUAUCAUCUCAUAAAUUCCUUGUGUUAGCUGCUUUACGUCUUCUAAGACGUGUUGUCCAUAUGAAAGAAGAAUUUUAUAAUCGUUAUUUGAUCAAAAACAAUCUUUUUAAACCAGUUUUGAAGCUCUUCGUUUCCAACGGAUAUCGUUACAACCUGUUGGACUCAGCUAUUAUCGAACUUUUUGACUAUAUUCGCUCUGAAGAAAUAACUUCAUUAAUUACCCAUAUAAUAGAAAAUUAUUGGGAUAUUUUGAAAAAUAUAAAUUACGUACAAACGUUUACCGAUCUAAAACGAGCAUACGAUCACAGUCAUCGUUCAGUUAGGACUGUUGUUGGAACUGUGACCCAGCAAGCGACAUUAGAUGUGCUUUCUUUGACUUCUACGCGUUUCCAACGUGAUGCACGUGCACUAGAGAUGGAAGAAGAACAAUGGUUUGAUCAGGAUGAAGAUGAGGAAGAGGAAGAAGAUGGAGAUAACCUAUUCCCACAACACUCGCCAACAUUGCUCAAUAGAACGACAAAUGCUUCUGCUAGUGCAAGUGAACCUACUGUUGGAAGUGGUUUGUCAAAUCUCCCUUCAUAUGGGCUACAUUCUGUAAUCACUACUUCGUCAGAUUUAUUGGGUAUUGUUACGUCUUCAGAUACGCAAUCUAGUUUGGUUUCUUUAUCAUCCUCGAUCGCACCAAGCAAUUCUAGUCUUGAUUCAUGCGCUAGUGUUCUGCCUCAUCCGCCCAGUUUUUCACCGAAAUCUGUAAUGGAUAAUUUAACUGACAAUUUAUGCAUACCUCCACGUUCAGGAUCUCUGUGCGAUAGACUUCGUGUACGUCCUCACACUGUUCUUUUGAAUGAUGAUAAUGAGUCUUCUGCAGCACGUCUUAAUUUUGGUCGUCAAACUCCUAUAGCGAUUCAUAUCAAAUCAUUGUGUAGAGAGAAAAUAGAAACAAUGAGUGAUGGAUUUGAAAUAAGUGGUCGAUUAAAUCCAUCUUUAUUAGCGUCAGAUACCAGUUUAUCAAGCGCCAGAAAUCCUAACCAUAUUGAUGAUAAUGAAUAUAAAGAAAAUGUAACCGGUUCGAAUUCAAGUGAUGCACAAAACUCAUCAGUAUCAAGUCCCAUUAUGUCUGAUAUUUCCCAUAAAAUAAAGCGAAAUCAUAUCGAUCCUCCUGUUGAAAAUGAGGACUGCAAUUUAGUCCAGGUAAAGCGUUUGAAAAAAUCUAGACAGUCAAGUAACAAGUCAUCAUCCCAAGAUUUUCACCUACACAAAGAAACAGUUAUCUUGGAAAACAGCUACUCUGACAAACUUCCUCAUGAGACAAAUAAUACAAAAUCAUUUGAGGUGGGUUAAUUGUUUUAAUUUCUCAUCAGUGAGGUGUUUAAGCGAGUGGUUGCUUAUUUUAGAUUCGCUUUAUUAUAAUCAAGAAACUAUUUAUGUUAGUAAAAUACUUUUAAAUAUUCAUCAGUGCUUAAAAUUGCAUUUCAGUAUCCACAUACUUACGCCCAUUACUUCCAAUGGAGCAUAGACCUCCGACCAGCAAGUAUCCACAUAUGUGUACAUAUUUAAUCCUGCUUUUAAAUCGAAAUAUUGUAAUAAUAUGAAGCGAAUGAGUAUUAAUGUAAUCUACCAACAUCAUUCAUUUUCAUCCUAAAUGUGCAUAAACUCUUUAUGUUAUCGGAUUAAAUGUGGUGGACUGAGUAAUAGUCAACUAAAUUGAUGAGCUACAGAUUUCUAAUAAAUUUGUUUCGUUACUCUGUUUAUCGAAAGGGUUGAUUAAUAAUCUUAUUACAUACCUCAUACUCAGUAGAUGGGAUUUACACUGAAAUGAUAAAGCUGAACGAAACUAAAUUAAAACAUAUUACAAACGGUUAUUGUGAUCGAUUUUGUAUUAUUUAUUUCUAACACAAAAUUCUUGCAUUAUAGGCUUAAAGAUAUCUCCUAUAUAAGAUAAAACGAAGAAACAAGGAACAUUAUGUGAUGAAUAGCAAGAGUUAGAAGUAUUAAAGAACUUUGGGCGCAACCCAAAUAUACUUUGUUCGACUCAAAGAAACAUCUUAAUUUCUAUGAAGAAUACAUUUAAAAAAUGAUCAUAGGCUCAAUGGUUUAUUAUGUAGGCCAUUCAUUUCGAUUGACAUGGUUUGUAUAAAAUUUGGGAUUCACCUUAGAUGUUUAAACCAAGCAGGUGAUUCUUUCAUAGAAUCAAUCUCUGGACCUAUGGUCUACAGUUUUAUUAUGUAGCAACAUACUGACUUAAAUCCACUUGGUAUUGCUUGUUUGUAUCUUCCUAUUGUUGUUAAGGACUGCAAUUUAUCAGUCUCAAAUAGGACGAAAGGCGCGUCCUGGAUUCCACUGCUAGCCACCGUCAAUCUUAACAUACUGACUAUUAUGAAUGACGAUAAGUUAAUCAUAAAAUACAAAUCUUCUGUUUAACUAUAUAUAUUACAUUUACAAUUGAUUGAUCACUGCGUAGUGAUCAAUGUCAUGUAUGUCAGUUCCUUCCUAGUGCAGAUAGAUCUAAUCUCCAAAGUUGUAAUUUGGCCACUAGUCUAGGUGACUUGACAUUGCGUGCACCAUGUUGAGAUGAGAUGGUAUUUGGAGACGGUCGACAGGAAACCCUGGGCCUAGGUUUAGUACUAUUUGGCACUCGUCAACAAGGUGUACCUGUGAUCUUGAGGGAACGGAUGCUCACUGGCUGAUGCGAUCCCUUAUCACCCAGCUUCGCAGUCAGAGACGUUACCACGUGGUCGAUAGGAUUCGAUCUGCACUAAGAAGGACCCGACACACAUGACAUCGAUCAACACCCAGUGAUCAAUCAAUUGUAAAUACAUAGUACAACUUAUUUCGCCGAGUCCUAGAACCAAUGCUUUGACUUCAAAGCUAUGAUUUUUAAACUCGAGCAUUCCCGUGGCGUGAAGGCAGUGAGUUAAACUUUGUAUGAGGGUAUGCCUCAUUGUAUUGCACUUCAACAUUUGUGGAAUACACCGCAUUUCAAUUUCCUCUGAUGUUUUAACUGGGACUGAUAUUGUUUAUCUAUUUUUUAUGAAUGCAUGGUAAAUAUAUAAAAUCUAUUAACACAUCGAAACCUCAUAGUAAGUCCAAAAAUCAUGUAUUUUAUUUUGAGUUGUUUGUGUCUAUUGUAUGUUUUUGAUUGGUGCAAUAAAUGACAUAAUCCCAGUAACAAUCAUAAAAGAGUAACAUCACAUGUUCUAUCAAUAAUUCAUUUGACCUAUGCUUGUAGGUUAUAGAAGCUGAUCCAUUGUCUCCUAUUGGUUUGGUGGAUUAUUCAGAUGAAGAAAGUGAGGAAGAGGAACAAAUAAAAGACAAAAAUGACCACAUUCAAUUUGAAGAAAAUCAAACAUCAAAUAAUGACGUUGAUGGGUCUCAUCACAACAUAUCGGAUGUUUCAUCCAGUCAAGUGGUGACAGAUGUAGUCUAAAAUUGUACAAAGUUGUUAAGCAUCCAUUCCUUACUUUUUACAAAAGUGAUGAGACGUCGAAAUGAACCAUUUCUGUGCCUUUGUCUUACAACUUAACGGAAUAUUUUUUUAACAAAAGUGAUUUCAUCAAUUUUGUUAAAACCACCAACCAUCCAGGUUGAGAUGCUUAAGACAUUGGCUAUGCCAGUGGUUCUUCGUCAUUUCUCCUUUAAUUUCCAUCUUCAGUAAAUGCGCCAAACUUCUAAUUUUUCCUGUCUAUUACCCAGCGCGCAUUUUGUACAUAAAAACAUUGUAUUAAUUGACUGGGGGAUCUAAAAAUAAUUUUAUGUAGAGAAAUGUUUGUAUAACUAAUAGGCAUUUGCCUUUUGUAAAUGCGCUUUGUUUAAUAAUGUUUAUUGUAGACACCUCAAAUUGUUUCAGAAUUUUUUUCUCAAUCCGUCAAUUGAAAUGAAUAUAUCAUAACACAUGUC